AGAAGAAAGGAGGGAAGUAAAAACUAAAGGACAGCAAAGGAGGGAGAAGAGGAGAGAAGUGUGUGAUGGCCGCAGCGGCUCACUGGACAAACCAGCGCGCGUGUGUAGCCCCUCACACUGAAGAGGAAGGGUAGAAAGACUGGGCGAUAAAGAAGACAAGGAUAAUAAAGGAAAAAAACAACACAAACAAGGAUGAGUGGAGAUGUUCUCUAGCUACCAUUCCUUCCAGAUUUCUACGUUUAGCCAAGGAGUGUGAGAGCAGUGGUUGUGGUUGUGGAGUGGAGAGAGGGGGCAGAGGACAGUCAGGAGCCCAGGCAGGGCUCAGUGUAAACGGGGAGCGCAUGGCAGUGCGCAGGCUGCUGGUUCUGGCUGCAGGGGUGGCGUUAUUAUCUCUGCUCCUGAACAACACAGCAGCAUUCAGCCCAAGCUGGGUCAUCCAGAUCCUGGAGGACGGGCGGCGGCGCUGUGUGGGCCUGUGGAGGACUUGCCGGGAUGAACCGAACACACUGGGACCUACACACUCUCACACACACACUCACACACAGUGCCAUGCACUCAGCUGGGGAUCUGACCUGUCAGGAUACCAAGAGUCACGCAGUACAGUGAAAUUGCAGUUUGACAUGAUGCGGGCCUGUAACCUGAUAGCUACAGUGGCACUGACAGUGGGUCAGCUAAUCUUUCUGCUGGGCCUUCUGGACCUGACCUACAUUAACCAGGAUUCCCAAUGGUGGGAGGAAGCCAUUGCUGCCCUGUUCCAGUUGGCUAGUUUCGUGUUGGUUAUUGGUCUGGUGACAUUCUAUAGAAUCGGUCCCUACACACACUUGUCAUACUCCUGCUACAUUAACAUCGCUGCAUGCCUACUGGCUACUCUGGCCGCAGCCAUUCUGAUCUGGAACAUUCUCCAUCACCGUGACGACUGCCUAGCAUCUCGUGUCAUCGUCAUCAGCCCGGCUCUGGCCUCACCCCUCAGGCCACGCCUUGAAAACGACUAUGCAGAGUCACCGUGCUGAGUCCCCACAACCUGUAGUUACACACACACACCUUCAACACUAAAUAUACAAACCGGGGACACGACAAUGGACUCUCUCUCACACUCACACUCACACACAUACACACAUACACACACACACACCUUCAACACUGAAUAUACAAACCGGGGACACGACAAUGGACUCUCUCUCACACUCACACUCACACACAUACACAAAUACACACACACACACACACACCUUCAACACUGAAUAUACAAACUGGGGACACGACAAUGGACUUACUCGACACUCACACACAUACACACACCCACACACCUUCAACACUAAAUAUACAAACCAGGGACACGACAAUGGACUCUCACUCACACUCACACUCACACACAUACACACAUAUACACACCCACCCACACACCUUCAACACUAAAUAUACAAACCGGGGACACGACAAUGGACUCUCUCUCACACUCACACUCACACACAUACACACAUAUACACACACACACACACACACACACCCACACACCUUCAACACUAAAUAUACAAACUGGGGACACGACAAUGGACUUACUCUCUCUCACACUCACAUACACACACACACACAGUUAAUACUGUCAGUGUGUGUGAAUUGUGGGACAAUAGAGAGGGAACACACACAGCAUUCCAACGAGGAUCUGAUUCCCACACAAACCUCAGUAUGUGAGCUCCGUCACACAGACGUCUGGAUGUGUGUCUCCUCAUAGAAACACUCUUGCAUUCUUCAUGUUAAUUUCUCAUUUACAAUACCCUCUGUAUUACACUGCAACAUCACACUUUACACACAACAUGGAGGAUCGACACACUGUCAAUCAAACACAUUUACACUCAC